AUGUCGACUGAAGCAAUCAGUCCAAUUACCUUGGAAAAGUUUGAAGAUAGAGUGAAAGGAGGCAAUUUUCUCCAUAAAAAUAUACGUACUGGAAAAGCUGAGGAAAAUGAUGGUUAUCCGCGGAAUUUACCCCAGGCAUCUCGAGUUCCUUUGCAAAAUGUACUGGAUUUACAACAAAAUCCAGUUACAAAGCUGAAUUCAAAGCAUAGAAGUACGUUUUUAGUUAUCAUUAAAGCUGCAAGAGUGAUGAACGGAAAUAACAUUUAA